CAGAACCCAUUCAUCUGAAGAUCUUCUCACCACACGUUGUCAACCUGACUCUUGUUGAUCUUCCAGGAAUGACAAAGGUGCCAGUUGGUGACCAGCCCAAGGACAUUGAGAUUCAGAUUAGAGAGCUGAUCCUUCGAUAUAUUAGUAAUCCAAAUUCUAUCAUCCUGGCUGUUACUGCUGCCAACACAGAUAUGGCAACUUCUGAAGCACUAAAGAUCUCUAGAGAAGUCGAUCCAGAUGGUCGAAGAACCCUUGCUGUCAUUACAAAGCUAGACUUGAUGGAUGCUGGCACCGAUGCAAUGGAUGUUCUGAUGGGGAGGGUAAUUCCAGUUAAGCUGGGCAUUAUUGGUGUUGUAAACAGGAGCCAGCUAGACAUUAAUACUAAGAAGAGAGUGGCAGAUUCCAUACGAGAUGAAUAUGCUUUCCUACAAAAGCGGUAUCCUUCACUUGCUAACAGAAAUGGAACCAAGUAUCUUGCAAAGACGUUAAACAGAUUGUUAAUGCAUCAUAUUAGAGACUGUCUGCCCGAACUGAAGACCAGGAUUAACGUUUUAGCUGCUCAGUACCAGACUCUGCUUAACAGUUAUGGAGAACCAGUGGAAGACAAGAAUGCAACACUACUACAGCUUAUCACAAAGUUUGCUGCAGAAUAUUGUAAUACUAUAGAAGGGACCGCAAAAUACAUUGAAACAUCAGAGUUGUGUGGAGGAGCUAGGAUCUGCUACAUAUUUCAUGAAACCUUUGGUCGUACCUUAGAGUGUGUCGAUCCAUUAGGUGGCCUUAGUACCAUUGACAUUCUUACAGCAAUUAGGAAUGCAACGGGUCCUCGGCCAGCCCUCUUUGUGCCUGAAGUUUCCUUUGAGCUGCUUGUAAAUAGACAGAUCAAGCGUCUGGAAGAGCCCAGUUUGCGUUGUGUUGAGCUGGUACAUGAAGAAAUGCAGAGGAUCAUCCAACACUGUAGUACCUACAGCACACAGGAGUUGUUACGGUUUCCAAAGCUUCAUGAUGCCAUCGUAGAAGUUGUGACAUCUUUGCUACGAAAAAGGUUGCCAGUCACCAAUGAAAUGGUCCAUAACCUGGUAGCUAUCGAAUUAGCCUACAUCAACACUAAACAUCCAGAUUUUGCUGAUGCCUGUGCUCUUAUAAACAACAACAUAGAGGAACAAAGACGGAAUAGACCAGGUAGGGAUUUGCCUUCUGCUGUGCCAAGAGAUAAGCAGGGGAACCCUGCUACACUCCUGGGUGAUGGAAUUCCAGAUGCAGGAACUGGCAGCUGGAGAGGAAUGCUUAAGGCCUCCAAAGCCGAAGAACCUCCCAGUGAUGAAAAAGCAAAGUUUACCCAGCAGCCCCCUGGGAGUCCUCUUAAAUGCCAUGCUGUGAAUCUGUUAGAUGUGCCUGUUCCUGUUGCACGUAAACUGUCUGCCCGGGAGCAGCGUGAUUGUGAAGUGAUUGAGCGACUAAUCAAAUCGUAUUUCCUUAUUGUAAGGAAGAACAUCCAGGACAGCGUACCAAAGGCAGUCAUGCAUUUCUUAGUGAAUUUUGUGAAGGAUAACCUUCAGAGUGAGCUAGUAGGCCAGCUGUACAAAUCCAAACUGCUAGAAGACCUUCUAACAGAAUCCGAAGAUAUGGCACAGCGUAGGAUGGAAGCUGCUGACAUGUUACAGGCCCUACAAAGAGCAAGUCAGAUUAUUGCAGAAAUCCGUGAGACUCAUCUGUGGUGAAAAUCAGGUCCUACAGCAAACAAACAAGUCAGAUCAUUGCAGACAUCUUGAGACUCGUCUGUGGUGAAAAAUGCAGCUUGUUCAUUUAGGUGGAACUGCUGGCUAAUUUAAAUGCCUUGGAUGUAGAAGCAAUGCUGUUAAGCAUUAUACAUAAUGGAAUUUUAUUUAUAAAGAGUCUUAGUUAUACAAGAACUGCUGCUUAUAGCCAAAACAGUUGUUUCCAGAUUAGAGUAUCGCAAUGUAAGCUCUCCUAUACAUACACUAUGAACUUUUAAGUUCAGUUUUCAGGUUGAUGUUUACUGAACUUCAUUAUAAUCACUGUAAUAAAAUUUUUCAUUAUAAUAAAUUAUUGAUACAUUUUAUAAAAUCA